GCAUCAGCAGUGAGCAGCCCCGCGCGCAGCCGUCUCUCUGUGUGCGAGCGACAACAUUGACUGAAGCUGAGAGAGAAAAGAAGCGCCGAUAUCCUGAGCAGCCUGAGCUGCGGGCCUGCAGCAAGAGCGUCGGAGCGAGCAGUAGUGCCAGCAGCAACUCGUGGAGCUACGGCCCGUGUGCGCGGAGUGCGGAGCCGAGCGAGUUCUGCGCGGACGACUCGCCGCCGCGGAGAGCCGAGUGCAGCAGCGGUGCAGCGGAGCGGUGCGUUGUUGGCCGCGUAUGCGUGGUGGAAAGGAGUUGCCAUCAGCGGAGGUGCUGGCGACAACAAUACUAACGGGGCCCGCGCCAGGACACGUAACGAGUGAGCAGUCGCGCGCGCGUGCCGCCGUCGCUUGCUGCAUAUAGCUUGCAACUGCAACCAAGACGGUGCAACACUGCAACAUGUUUACUUGGGCGAGAGCCGCAAGCGGGCUCCAUCAUCAGGAUCAGGACCUUUGGACGCAGCACUGGCCCAUGAGAAUUUCAAGGCGGCUGCAGCACUAGACGUCGCGCAGGCUCAGCAGCAAUUCUCAUCUCACCAUAGUGCAGCCUGAUCAUGGAUGACGAGGAGAGACUGGAGGGCGAUGAGGAAAUGGAGCUCGACGAUGCCUCCGAUGGGGAGGAUGAUGAUGAGGAAAACUCUGGAAUACCCAUUUCCCCAGCCAACUCCGAUCAGCUGCUUGGUCCAGUACCAACUCCAAGCACAAGCCUCAGUUUCCAUGCUGAUAGCUUGAAUAGUAAUGCUCGUGAUGCAUACAACAUUACCCCAGAUGAGGUCUUUAAUGAUCCUCUGCAGUAUCAAAAGUUUCCACUACCUGGUGGAAAACCUUUACAUGUUAGACGUGGCCCAGGACGACCAAGAAAAGAACGUCCUCUGGGAAUUCCUAGGGGUGGUGGCAUACGCAGAGGAUUGGGAAGAGGAUCAGCGAGAGGAAAAGGUUUUGGUUAUGGAAGAGGUAUGCCUCGGCGUACAAAGAGUAAAGAUGAUGACACUCAUUCGGAAUCGCCAAGUCCUUUGAGAAUAGGGGACGAUUUAUCGAUUGACGGAGAAUCUUCUGGACUUGAAAGAUCCAUGCCAGCACCAGAGGAACCACCAUACUUUUCAGAACAAUGGCCAGGGAAAGUUUGUGCUUUGUGCAAUUUGAGUGAAAGAAGUCAAUUGGGUCAAGGUGAACUUUUAAAGCUCACAAUACCUGAAGAUUUCACACCUGAAAAAAGUACCAAUCGUCAAGAAACGUCAGAAAGUCUUGUUGAUGUGCCUGUAACUGGUGAUAAAAGUCCUCGAACAAGUAAUAGUCUUGGAGCUGUUACUUGCCGUAGACAAAAAAGCUUAGCCAAGUGCAGAAAUCCUAGUCUAACAAAUUUUACAGAACCUGUUGAAGAAUUAACUAUAGUAGGUUAUUUGGAAGAACCUGAUUUAGGAAUAAUUUUUGAAACAACUGGUCAUUAUUACGUUCAUCAGGCAUGUGCUCUAUGGACAAGUGGUAAUCAUGCAAUGGCAACAGAAGUAAUUAGUUUGGCCAUUAUUCAAGCUUCGACUCGUAGAUGUGCCUACUGUUCGCACUAUGGAGCUGGCACAUCGUGCAAAGUGCAAUCAUGCAAUCGUUAUUUUCAUUAUCCAUGUGCAGCUGCAUCUAGCUGUUUUCAAGAUUUCAAGAGCUUGUCGUUAUUUUGUAGUCAACAUUUAGGACAGGUUCCUUUAUUAUUGAAUGGAGAUGGAGAAAGAAUAAAAUGUAUGACGUGCCUUGGAAUGGGGGAUGUAUCCAAUUUGCUCAUGUGUUCAACUUGUGGACACCAUUAUCACGGCAUCUGCGUUGGAUUAUCCUUGUUACCAAGUGUUCGCGCUGGAUGGCAAUGCAACAAUUGCCGUUUGUGUCAAGUAUGUCGACAGCCUGAGGAACUUGCGAAGGUGAUGACUUGCGAACGUUGCGACAAAGCGUACCAUCCUAGUUGCUUGAGACCAAUUGUCACGUCUAUACCAAAAUACGGAUGGAAAUGCAAAUGCUGUCGUGUGUGCACUGACUGCGGAUCAAGAACGCCUGGUGCCGGUCAAUCGUCUCGCUGGCAUUCGCACUACACAGUUUGCGAUUCCUGUUAUCAGCAGCGAAAUAAAGGUUUCUUUUGUCCGAUUUGUAGAAAAGCUUACAGAGCUGCUGCUUAUAGAGAAAUGGUUCAGUGCACUUUGUGUAAAAAGUUUGUACAUGGUACUUGUGAUGCGGAAGCUGAUCCAUUGACUUAUGCACAUCGUAAAAGUGCUAAAGAAGAUUACGAGUAUGUUUGUCUGCAUUGUAAAAACGCUGCCUUGGUCAAACGUAAGGAUAGCGUUGAUGAUUAUGGAGGUGAAUCUAGCUUAACAGCGUCACAAGAAAGUUUAUACGGAGAUGGUGAUUCUUCAGAAUUAGACUACCAAGCAAGUUCAGAAGACGCUUUCUAUCCACUAGGAUUAGGGAAAGGAAAACCUUUUUGUGCCUCAAAAAUAGCCAAGAAGAGACUUGGUCUUGGUGGUAGUGGUGGAGGACUAGUUGGACGACCAAAAGGUGUAGGGAAAUUAGGUUACCAAAAGCGGCAGAAAAUGACAGAAUUCGGGCGAAAACGAGGACCAAAAGCAAAAAUGAGAGGAAUAUUUGGGGUUCCAGGUUUGGGUUUACAGAGGCCCGUAUCAGACUCUAAUUCAAAAGAGGAGGAACCUGGUCUUGAAAAUAGACUAGUACUGUGUUCAGCCAAAGACAAAUUUGUGCUGUCACAAGACAUUUGUGUGAUGUGUGGUGCCAUUGGCACCGAUCAAGAAGGUUGUUUAAUUGCUUGUGCUCAGUGCGGACAAUGUUAUCACCCGUACUGCGCGAAUGUUAAGGUGACAAAAGUUAUUUUGCAGAAGGGCUGGAGAUGCCUGGACUGCACAGUGUGUGAAGGUUGCGGUGAACGUAACGACGAAGGACGUUUGAUACUUUGUGACGAUUGCGAUAUAAGCUAUCACAUAUACUGCACCGAUCCACCACUGGAAUGUGUGCCUCAAGGAACAUGGAAGUGCAAGUGGUGCGCGCAAUGUCAGACUUGCGGUGCCAACGAUCCGGGAUUCAACAGCAACUGGCAGAAGAAUUACACGCAAUGUGGCCCAUGCUCGUCACAUACAGCUUGCGCAGCUUGUAACGAAUCCUAUGGCGAGGGCGAUCUAAUAAUUCAGUGCGUUCAGUGCGAGAGAUGGUUGCAUUGCAUGUGCGAUGCAAUCAAGACUGAGGCUGAAGCUGAAAAGUGCGCCGAGGAGGGCUACCAUUGCAUACUCUGUCGGCCGAGAGACGUGCCUCCACCUCAUAUCUUGGGCAAUAUGACGAAAAUUCAGCCCAGCAGCAAAUAUCAACAGCAACAGCAGCAGCUGCAGCUUGCACAACAAUAUCAGCACCAGGAUCAACUACAACAGCAGCAACAACAAAUGCAACAGCAGCAGCAGUGCCGCUCGCCGUCUUUGCAUCAGCUAGUUCAUCGAAGCCCCGAGCACGAGAAGGCAUCGUCACAGCAGCCGUACCUGCUCGAGGGAAUAUUUCUCUCGCAAGUAGGCUAUGACCACAUAAAGUCACUCACGUCUGAGCGCAAGAGCCCCAAGAAGAAGCGGAGGAAAGGAGGGGUCGUGGACAAGGAAGCAGACAUAAUGGCGACAAUAGAGUCGGUCGUGGCAGGUGGAAGCCUAGACAAUUCUAUGGAAGAGAGCUGCAAAUUGGAGCUGAUAGAAACAAAGGACGAGCCUAGCAGUCAGGUGUAUAAAGAGGGCAUGGUAUGGGCGCCUCGCAGCGAUCAACCGCCGCCCGAGGGCUUCAGCAUUUACACAACCGAAAACGGAGUGUCCGUGCUGAGACGCAAGCGCCAACGCAAUUUACAGAAGCUCGGUAUCGGUGGCUUUGUGGUCAGGCUUCGUGGUACGCGGAAAGACAAAGACGACGAGUCUGAACUACCGGGAGACGGCCUCCUGAGCCUGGGUUCGGGUGGAGCUCUUGGCGGCGGCGACGACAAACCACGCAGGAAGCCUCAGCGCAGAAAACCAAAGACAAAGCUUGCUGAGUGCUUCCCCGUUUACAUGCAGGAGGCUUUCUUCGGCCGAGACCUUAUGGAUACCAGUACCAAAGACAAGGAUUUGGAAAGCAGCAGUGACUCGGAUGCAGAGCGUAACGUUUCUGCUGGUAAUGCUGAUACCAUUCAACUAUCCCGAGACGAGCUGCAGGCUAUGGAGCAAGUCAAGGCCAAGCAAGAAAGAGACGAAGAGUCAACGACUGUGCCGACGCAGCAGCAACAACAGCAGCAGCAACAUUCACAACCCCCUCAGCAUCAGUCACAGCCGGUCAGAGCCCCUGAAACGCCGAUCAAACGGGAGGAAAUGGUCAAGGAGGAGGCCAGUGACACCGAGGCACUCGACGAUAUCCUCCCCAUUUCAAGCGAUCUGCUCGAUAGUGAUCUCGUCGAUACCAUCAUGAAUGAGCCGGACGAGGACUUAGCUAAAGCAACUGAGGGUUGGGACGAACACUUUAAUAUAGAAUCGAUGGUUCGAGAUACCGGACUCCCAAACAUGGCUAGCCAGGAUGUGGAAGAAAUUUUUAAAGGAGUUUUAACAGAUGAGUCACAAGAAUCUCGCGAAUCCUGUGGCUAUUCUGUACCAGCACAAACUGCUCAAGUGUCUUCUACCUCUACCCCUCUAGUAUCUCCUUCUCCUCAUCCAGUAAACGUUCAACCAGUUGGUGUUCAACCCUUGGGAAGGCCACAAGUGCCGGCUAGUCUGCCUUCUGUUGGACAGUCCAAUCUUAAUUCGCCAAUGAGUUUUCCACCGCCAUCUCCGUAUCAUUCCGAAUACAGCAAUAGCCCGCAAUUUAGUCCUGCAUUUUCGGAACCCCCAAGUCCGUGGGUAAAUCCUGAGGAUGAAGGUAGCGCUCCCCCGACUGGCCCAGCAGCAGCAGCUAUUACUUACAACCAAAGAACUAGUAUAAAAAUGGAAGCCGAUGAAGCGUUAGGCAAUGCUGCAACAAUAGCUUCAGUGCUAUAUGCUAAUAUAAAUCAUCCAGAGUGGAAAGUCGAGUAUCCAAUCUGGUCAGAGCGCUAUAAACAAAUUGCGAAAAAAUGGCGAGCCUUACCCAGUGAAAAGAAAGGUCCAUUUACAAGCCAGGCUCGCGAGAACAGGGCAGCAAUCCGAAUGAAAAAGGCGCAGCAGAUACCAAAGGAGAUGGCGAACAUGAAACCGGUGACAUCGGCAAACUCAGCCGGUAUCCUGGCCAAAAACGCGGUGCCACCAGUAGUGGUGAUGGCAACAAGCCAGAAGCCGUCCGCUGGGCUGCUAGGCUCGUUCUCGGAGUCCAAGGACAAGCAGAAUGCGGCCGUGGCCGUGUCCAUGGACAACAAACCUGUUCCCCCGAACCAGGCAGCGGCUAUCGUAGCCACAGCAGUUGCAGCAGCUCAAGCUCAGGCAGCGGCAGCGGCAGCCGCGGCAGCAGCAGCAGCAGCGUCCUCAGCCGCACCAUCGGCGGUGACGGCAGCAGCAGCAGGAAACGCAGUAACAGCAGUUGCAGCGACAGUUGCAGCAUCGACAGUAGCUGCCCCUCAACUAGCGGAGGUGUGUGCGGUGCAGGGAGGACAGGCGCAUCGACGGCUAACAUCUCGCUCUCCAAGCUCUUCCCCGAAUUCCACGCCACCCUCUUGUUCGCCCAGACCACCCUCUACUCUGACCCACACUAACAUUCCCAGCAUCAACCAGCAGAGAACAACCGAGCUGGCAAGCGCUUCUUCAUCAUCCUCAAACUCUUCUUCAUCGUCUUCGUCAUCAUCAUCUUCUUCUUCGUCUUCUUCUUCUUCUUCUUCUUCUUCUUCAUCAUCUUCUUCUUCAUCAUCAUCAUCCAACUCUUCCAUCACUUCCACAUCUUCUUGCUGCGACACCGUUUUGGGUGCUGGUGAAGGCCAUUGUCACGAGGCACCAUCACCUCUAUCCCAUUUGCAGGCACACUCUCAGCCACAAGCACAAAUACAAUCACUUGUACAAACAGCUCUACGUACUCCCCCGGUGGCACAAUCGCAUUCACAGCCACAGCCACAGGCACAAGCACAAUCAAUCAGUAGCGUCACUAACAUUAGCCAGCAGCAGCAGGUGACCCCGAGCAGUUCGGCGGCAACCGCUGGUCCUGCCCGGCAAUUCUCCUCGGUAGACCACCAAAUUAGAGUGCUCACUCCGUCCGAAAUAAUGCGCACCCUCCCCUCCCUCUGCCAGGAGCACUACGAUCCGCCACCCACUGCAAUUAUUCACACUGUACCUGUACAGUCCCCGGUUAUGGAACAAGAUAAACUUGCUAAUAGAGAUCGAUCGAACCGGGAAGCUGAGCAAGAACGUCAAUGGAAACAGCUUCAAGCACAGAGACAACAGCAAGCUCAUAUACAGCAACAAGUUAUACAUGACCAGCGUGCUCACGUGAUCGCAAGGGUUCAUCGACAACUUACCGAAGAUGGCACUUCUACGAUAAACAAAGAGAAUACAACUACUUUGAAUACGUCUUUAGCUUCUUCUUCUGCCCAAGAAGGAAAUCCCAUGGGUAUUGUGACGCAGUCGCAAGUCGGUCCACGUGGCCAGUUUGCCGCGCCUGCGAUGAAAGUUAAUCGAGCAGCAAUAGUGCCUUCGAACCAACAGCAUUCAAGCAUGCCCAUGCGGCAGCCGCAGCAACAGCCGCAGCUAUCACCGUUGCAGCAACAGCAACAGCAACAACAGCAGCAACAACAUGGACAAAUAGCGCAAGUCAGACAGAUGCCUGCUGGAAUAGCGAGAUCUAAUUUUAGUCAUCAGCAACAGCCUCCGUCUCCUUUUUCUCCUCAAGCUCCGCAGUCCCCUCAUGAUUUUCCACAAUCACCGGCACCGCAGACCCAGCAACAAGCUGAUCAUUUUCAGCAGCGCUUCGAUAGUGCGGAGAGUUUUGGCCAAGCUUCCCAAGUCCAAGCUCAGCCCAGGACGUCCUACAAUAGUUCGCCUCGUAACGAUGUCUUCCAGCCGCAACCUCCUGGCACUCCACGGCCCAUUUUUAACGCUCCUGUGCCUCGACAAACCAGUCACGUUUACGCUCCCUCACGCACUCCGGAAUCUUAUGUAUCAACGCAACCACAGCAGCAGCAGCAGCAGCAGCAGCAGCAGUCGCAGCUGCAACAGCAGCAACAGAGCCAAAAUCAACCACCGCCUUCUCCAUCCCCGGUGUCUGCCAGUCCGAACCAGUACAUGACGUCAGCGAGGCCCGCCGCCGCUGAGCAGCGAGCCGACGUUCAGGCUGAACUUUUUGGACAACAGCCGGCAGAAGUCAAUCGGCAGCUGAGAGAUCUGCUGCAACGACAGCAACAAUUCAACAAAGAUAUGAAACCACUUGGCCAAGGCUGGACUCAAGAAGCUCAAGGUACCAGCAGCAGCAGUGACUCGUCUCCUCAACAAUACAACCCUGUACAGUUACAACAACAUGUACAGCAGCAACCACCAAACAGUUCGGCUGAAGGUACAUUCAGACAGCCACUUCCGCCAGGCGCCGCGAGAGGUGCUCGUAUGCCUAUGCAGCCAAAUGCCUUACUACGAAAUCCCAUUGGCUUGGCACCGAGACAUCCAAAUUUGACAACAAAUAUCGAUGCUGUUAGGCCACAGCAAGGGCUGAUAGAUCCAAGAACGAGAAUGUUUUUGCAAAGGCCACCUAUUUCAGCUGCUAGUGUUGCUGCUCAACAAUUUCAAAACAAUCAAGUCAUGCAGCAACGUAUGGCUGGCCCAAGAACUAGUCAACUUGCUGAAGUUAAUUAUGAAGUUCUCCAAAGAUUUCCUGAUACGAAUCAAGGACAAAAUAUGGCCCAACGAAUCGUGCGAACUGGUCAAAAUGCUGUGAAUCAAAAUGUGCGUAUGAUCAGUACAGCUGGAAUGGUAAGACCACCGAUACUGCCAACUAUUAGUGAAGCUAACGUUACGAUGUCUGAAACUUCCGAAAUACCAGACAACGUAACGGCUGAGUUAGAAAAGCUUGAGCAAGAAGGAGCUCCCAUGGUGGAGGUAGAAAAUGUAAGUGCAAUAUUAGGAGAUUUGGCUGAUGACGACGAUGAACUUUUAGCUGAAAUGGGUGCUGAUUUUAAUAUUCUUGAAUAUGCCGAUCCCGAGCUGAAUCAAUUAACUGGAGGAGAAAAAACCAAUAUUUUCGAUUUAGAACUGGAACAAGACGAAGUUGAAACUAGAGAAGAAAAACAGAAAAAAGAAGUAAAAGAGGAAGAGCAUAAAUCAAAAAGUCUUAGCGAUUCUAACGUUGUAGAUCAGAGUUCAGAAAUAAAUGCUACUAGCACAAUGCAAAAUACUAGUGCUGGUACGACAAAUGUUUUGACACAAGCCCAACAGCAGCAGACCAUGGCGCCGAUGAGUAGUCAGGCAGCAGCGCAGACUGCACAGCCACAGUCUUCUGUGGCAGGAAUGCCUCAGCAGCAGCAACAGCAGCAACAAAAUCACCCACAAGCUUCUGCAUUGCAACAACAAAUGCAUCACCAUUUACAACAAGCAGCAGCUAUGGGGAAACCAAUGCCACCUGGAACGAGGUUAGUUUCUUCUGAUGGAGCUGUAGCUGUCGUCACGUCAACAAAUUCUAUAACAGUCAGUUACCCGCCUACGUUCCCAGUACAACGUAUGCCGCAACAUAAUAUGCAAGCAGUUCAACAACAUUCACGCAUGGGAAUCAGAGCUGCAGGAGUUGCUACAAAUGUUGCUGCUGCUGGAAGGGUUGUGUCAGUUGGACAUAUGGUUGGCCCACGAAUGCCACUAGCGCCACCACCACCACCUCCUCCUUACCCAGGGCCACCACCACCGUAUCCGGGACCAUUGCAGAUGGGGCUAUGUCCGAGUGAUCGGGGUAUGCCGCGACUCCCUAUGCACAUGGGGCAUUCUGUGCCCUCGGCGGGAUCACCGAUGACCCCUGUAGUUCAUACAGGUGCGCCGUCAAUGACACCCCAUCUGGCUCACCGAAGACCCUUGCUUCUGCAGUCGUGUUCACAGGAACAGCCGCUGCUUUUGGAGGAGUUGCUGGAACAAGAAAAGCGAGAGCAAGAGAAGCAGCAGCAGCAGCAGCAACAGCAACAACAGCAACAACAACAGCAGCAACAACAGCAAGCCGACACAACAACGCAAAGUGGUCCACUACUUAGUGAUAUUGAAUUUGAACGAUUGCGUGCUGACGUGCUGGGUUCUGCGCCACUCUCUUCGCCUCCUCAGAACAUCGCUGCCGUCCCCGCCGCCGCCGCUACCGCUGCUGUUCCCAAUCAAACCAGACCGAUAGUUGCUGGAGCUCAGAAUAGCUGGCAGCAGCCUACAUCUGAUCCUGGUAAUAAAGUCAUCGUCCAAGUUCAGAGACAACCCAUCACUACUCUGACUGAAUCGAGGAUUGCAACGUUUAAUAUACCUCAACUGCCAGCACCUCCAGUUCCACCGGAUAAUAUUGUCACAGAUCAAGAUCGUCAUGUGCAAAUGCAGUACGAACAGUGGCUGAACCAUCAACAUCAGAUUCUGGCCCAACAGUUGAAGUACUAUGAAACAGAAGUUCAAAAACUACGGAAGGUUAGAAAAUCUCUCAACAGCAAACAGAGACAGUGUCGGAAAUCAGGAAAUGAACUUCCAGAAAACGAUGCGGCUGAACUUUCAAGAAUCUCGAGCGAACAAGCUAUGUUUCAAAAACAUUUAGAUAGUAGUCGCAAACAGAGUCGACAGCAUGGUAUGCUUAUACAAGAGUAUCGCAAUAAACAGCAGCAGCUGCAACAACAGCAGCAACAACAACAGUCACAAACAAGCGAGCCCUGCUCACCGCUGAUGUCGCCCUCACAGCACUCUUCGCCGAUGCACAGUCCGGCAGCUCUCAUGUCUCAAAGUCCCGGUCCUGGCAGUGUUCCACCUUCGAACAUAAUGCAUUCUCCAGUAGCAUCGCAGAUGAUACAGCAUAGUCCUGGCAAUUCACAGUCUAAUUCUGGCACUAUGUCGCCGCACAGUACUAUGCAGCCAUCACCAAGGAUCGGAACUCCUCAUUCUCAAUCAGAAGAGAGUCCUUUUAGUCCUGGAACGAUGUCUUCUCCUGGACUUAGUGGACCUACAGUUCAGAGAAUGGCUUCGCCACAGCACAGAGUCGUAGCUGCUACCGGUCGAUUGACUACGAGCCCCGGCUCCUCUUUCGCACCUGAUUCACAGCAAAUGCGAAUGCCUCAACAGAUGCACGUACUUUCGCAGCGAUUUAUACGCCCUGGCGCACUAACUGCCGCUGACAAUACUACGCAACGUCCAAGAAUGCAGAUGCCAGGUCCAAUGCUUUAUGGACAGCGUUCUCCUCUUGGCAGUCCUCAGUCAAAUCAGCAGCAGCAGCCAAUGAUGACACAACAGCAACAUCAGCAAAUGCUCCAACGUCAGCAAAUGAUAGAGCAGCAGCAUCAAGUCAGCGGCGUUAUAUCUCAAGAAAAUCAAAAUAUCAUUAAUCAACGUAAUCUUCAAAUGGUUCAAAGGCAACAAUCACUGCAGCAACAGCAGCAACAGCAGCAACAACAACAGCAACAGCAGCAACAACAAAUCAUGCUAAAAGGUCCAACUUCUCCAAUGGUGGUAUCCCAACCGGCAUCUUCUCCAAGUCCGAAGUUGCACCAACAAAUGCAACAAGGAUAUAAUCAACCGCCAAGUUCUCCACAUCCUCGUAGCCCUAUGGUUCAGCAAACAAUGGGUUCACCAAUGUUACAACAACAGCUGAGCCAGCAAUCGUCACAACCAUCUAGUCCAAUGGCUUCUAGAGUACAAAAUCAUCCACCAAGCUCACCAAUGGUAUCUGCUCAAUAUCAACCACCCAGUCCAAUGUCCAGGAAUCAUCCGUCAACGUCUCCUAUGCUGCAUCAAAUGUCGACUGCCCAUCAUCCACCAGCGUGUCAAACGCCGAAUUCACCUAUGCCGCGUAGUCCGAUGGUAGCUGGCUCGCCAAUGCAGAUGCAGCGCAGACAAUCCACCGGAAAUAGUCCAGCUAUGCCUGAUCGUCCUCAAAGCGUUGAAAAUCCAGGGACACCAAGAACUCCUCACACACCGCACACGCCUCACUCUGCUUACAGUUCACAAAAUUCGAGUAAUCAUUCAAUAAGCGACCAACAGCAGCAACACCUGCAACAGCAAAUCCAACAAAAUCAACAAGAAUCAAAUUUAUUAGCAGAUCAAAAUCAGAACCGAGGUGGUGGUAACCCGCACAAUCCAAACAAUCCAAUACCAUUACCGGUUUUAUUCGGUAGAUAUGGUUACUUUAAACUGGGUCUUAGAGGUGGUUCACCUAUGUGGUCUUCCAAACCAGAAUCAAGCAAAAGCAAAACCGCAGAAGGCCAAAUAAACAGUUCUGCUGCUGAAGAUAAACCGAACACAUCAGCCGUUGUACAUAGAAAAACUGGUAUAUCGCAAUCGAAAAUAAAUUCACUAGUGUGUGCUGAUUACAAUGAUUUUGACGAUGAUUCUCAUACGCCUCCUCAAACUCCACCAACCGAGCCGAAGGCAACGAGCUCUUCAAUAGUAAACAAUUCUGUGCAGAUGACUUGUGCAAGUCCCAGUGAUAAAGUUGAAUCUCUUCCACCUGAUACAACAGAUUAUGACGACGAUAAAACAAUAAUUAACACUGAAGUUACUCUAAGUUCAACUGCUCAAAAAGAUAAUGAUGACAUUCCCGAAAUAGAGCAGUUUGGCGAUACAGAUCUUGAUGUUAUAUCAAGCAGUCUGGAGGCUGAAAUGCAAGAAGAGUAUGUCCUUUUUGAAUCUGACAUGGUACUGUCUGUGGAUAGUAAUGAUUCUUUGAGCAAUGCUCUAGUCAACGACAAUAAUCAAGGUCAUGAUUUAGUGCAAAUUCUGGAAAUAGAACAUCCAGAACCUUCACAUGAAGAUGCUUCUGCUUUUGAUGAGGAUCUAUUAUCUGCUCAAUCUAAUAGAAACAAGAAAAGUUUACAUAUUGACAUUGUUAGAGCAAUGCCAACAGUUGGAAAACGUCUGGUUCUGCCAGUGACUGACACACCAGAAUCACCAGAUCAAGAAGAUUUGAAUGUCGAGCCUUCUCCAAGCAUAUAUAUGGAACAUUCUCCAGAUCAAGAUCUUUUGGUAUCACUUUCUGAAUCAGAUAUAGUAAUUAUUGAUGCUGCGCCGAAGUCUCCCGAUAAUGUUUCCAAAUUAUCUUGCGACGAAUCAAGUUUAGAACAAACCAGCACGGCAGAGAUUAAGAAACUCGGAGAAGAAAUUACAUCCUCCAAUACUUCCGCUGGCGAGUCUUCGGCUAUUGAUCAAACAAAAAUUAUUGAACAAACAAAAAAGACUUAUACUUUAUUCUCGUUUCAAGAUAAAAUUCCAAAGUCAACCCCUGCGGCAUCUGCUGAUUCAGUCACGUCAAAUAAACCACUUACGAAAUGUACUGCAACUGUAUCUACUGCUAACAUAAUUAAAGAGUUACUCACUACCACUAAGACAAUCGAAAAUCAAAAGCCAAUUAGUGCAGUACCGAUUAUAUCAAGUGUUGGAAUUGAUGCUGCUAAAGUAGCCGCUAAACUGACUCAAAGCAGUUCUAAAAAUAUAAAUACAAACACUGUACAGAUUGCAGGAAACAUUGUAUCAAAAUCUGAACAAGUAGUAACGAGUCCAUCGAGUACUUGUAAAUCAACAGCAAAAGUACCUCAAACUUUGCAAAAUUUUAUUGGUAAAGUAAAUACCCCAGUGACUUCAAUCACGGUCAGUCAUCCUUCUACAAGUGUAACUGAGAAAAUUAGUACUGUAAGUUCAACAUUACCAAGUCAACUUUUGCAAUCAAAAAUACCUAAAUCUUAUGAAAAAACAAAAAGUAACUUCACACAACCAGAUGCUCAUCCAGUCUCACUCGCUGCAAUGAAAAUGACGACCAAAGAAACAUCAAAACAACAACAAGUUGUUAUUUCAAAAUCCACAGAUAUUGAAGAAACGAGAGAAAAAUCUAAACCAACUCAAACUAUGAAAGAAGAAGACAAGGCAGAUACUCCUAAUGUCGCAGAUAGUUCCGCUACUGCUGCUAUAUACCCACCGAGUGUAAAUGUCACUAAUGAAAAGAAAACAGAUAUUUUGAAUACUACUGAUGAGUUGGAAAGUAUGUUAGAAGCUAUCCACAAUCCAGAUGAUGAUAAUAUAAUGAAUGGAGAACAAAACUUAAAUAAAAAUAAAGCACGUACUUUAAAACGAAUGUCUCCUGUUGCUGAUGAUCUUUCACUUGUGAAUAUUUUAGAAAAUGAUGUAGAAAGCGUAACACAAAGUGAAAGUGAAAGUAAAGGUGAUAAUAAAAUCGACGACCAAACGCAAGACGAAAGCGAAUCCAAGGAUGCUGAAGAUAAUAAAAGAAUACAGCAGCAACCCGUUAGAAUAGAAGAAUCGUCUGAGGACAUUCUCGACAUGUUACAUAACAUUAUAUCAUCCAAGCCGGAAAUGCAAAAUGACAAAUCGCAGAAAUCGAAUAUUUUAUAUCAAUUGGAAACUCCACUUGAAGCUUUACCACUAAAUAUUCUUCAAGAUUCUUUAGCCGACUUGGAGCAAGAGGCUACAACAAGCGAUUCAGUACCAGCUGUAAUAGACAACCAGAGCAAGUCCCAAAUUUUGUCAAAGAGCACUUUAGCGUCAGUCAGUGAGAAAAGUUCUAUAAAGAAUGUUGUGCCACAAAUAACGCAAGCAACAUCAAAUUCAACAGUACCAGCAGUAACGACAACUAUUUCGAUAACGACAUUAAUCACAACAACAUCAACAUUAACAAAACAGACAACGGUCCCACAUUUAUCACCACUAUCACAACCAACUGAAAUAAAAUCUAAUACUGAAAAUGUUAGUGAUCAGUUGAGGAGUCUGUUAUCGUCACUCCACUCGAAUACGUCUCAGAGCUAUGCACAAACUAGUACACAAUCUAGCCUCACAAGUUCAAACACAGCUGGCACAAUAAGUGGAAGCGCUAAUAACAACUAUCGUAUCCAAACAACUAACCCAAGUGUGGUUAGUUCUGUGAGCAAGACUUGUGAAGCUGGGUCAUCUGGUGUCAGUGCUAACAUUACUACUGCAACUGUUAAUACUACCGGCAAAGAAUCAAGUGUUACUAGUACAAGCAUAAUAACAAGCGUCUCUAAGGCGAGUAAUGUGUCUAUAGAGUCCAAUCCUAUGCUGAAUGCGAUGCUUUCAAGUACAAACUCACUCAAGUCACCCUUAGUCGGAGCUCUACGUACCAACGCUAUACUCACCUCGAGCGGAACCCAGCAGUCAUCGGCAGUGCAACAGCGACAGGUCAUAGUGCAUGUGGCUGCAAGUAGCCCCGCUGUCACUGUUGCUGCUGGCUCGCGCGUUGCUCUAAGUAGCACGACGAGUUCCUCGGCGGCACAACAGUCCACCACCAACAGGACCAGCGUCGCUGUCAAUUCUAUCGGUGUCACGAGCAGCAUUCUCCAAUCUACGUUGUCGCAGGCGCCGACGCUUCUUCACUCGCAGCUCACGGCCGGGUCCUCGCAGUACAAGACCACGGUUACCGCCGCUACCACUACUUCCAGCAGUUCUUUGUUGCCCAUAGACAAUAAAAGCUCGGACGCGGAUUCUUCGUUGACGAAUAAAAGCUCGCUUAUGAAGAAAGAUGUAGAAGGACUGCUUUUAAAAGGACUUAGCGAAAAAGCAUUGUCGGCCAAGUCCGACAGCUUAGAUAGCAGUAAAACGAGUGCCUCGUCACACAGGAUGGAAGAUUCUCAAAAUGUUCUGCUAAAACAGUUGUUACAAAAUACAGCCUGCGCAACUACCUCUGGAGCAAGCAGCUCAACCCAAACUACGAGUUAUCCAAAUGUACCGUCGCUAGAAGCUCAGUUAGCAAGACCCAUACCUCCAACAUCAUCAUCUUUAAUCACGCCAUUAUUAGCAACAGCAGAAGAGAAACCAGUGACCAAACCUACGAGUGCAAAACAAAUUUUGAGUAGAGAAACUUCCUUUUUAUCUCAUGCUGUCAAGUCGGUUAGUCCUCCUAACAAAGAAGAACCAACAAAAUUAACUCUGUCCGUAACGCCACCUAUACUUACAAAAGCAUCAACCAGCGAACAGCCAACCGAGAAACAGCCAGCAGUACCACCUACUCUUCAGCAGUCUACUCAUUCAACUAUGACAAGUCAGACUGCUCAUACAUCGAUGACUAUAUCUACUGAGCCUAAUGAAAAGGUACAACAAGAAAGAACCAUGGCUAGUAUUCAAAUAAAAAGUAGCUCUGAAUCGACGGCAAGCUCAACAGUGCAGCAGCAGUUACCACCACCGGCAUCUACACCACCGCAGCAACAGCAACAGCAACAACAACAACAAAUGUCAACUUCAAUAUCUUUUCCGCGAGCUGUAAUUCAAAGUGAUCAACAACAACAACAACAACAACUAGUCCAACAACAGCAACAAGAUCAGAAACAGCAACUGCAACAACUACAACAGCAACAAAAAACGUCAGUUCAACAACAACAGCAGCAGCAAGCUAUUACUGUAACGGAUCAAACCGAAAACACAGUACCAAGUCCCAGUCCACAACAACAAAGUAGCGCCAUAACAGGACAAAUUACAAAUCCAAAAGCUGUGUCUCCUGCAACUCAGCAACAAAGGUCUCCGAGCACAAUAUCAAACGUGGUAACUUGGCCUGAAAUGACAAAUUCACCUCAGAAUAAUAAUACAACACAACCAUCAGUGCCUCAACAAACGACGGUUCAAACUUUGAGUCGUCAAGCUCAGCUGUCACAGGGUACAACCGCGCCGCAACACACAGUGCCUUUAAUCGAAGUUAAGAAAGAAUUACUUGACGACGUCCUAUCCAGUGGUACUUCCGUACAACUCACUGAUACCAAAGACUUUUUUUCUGCCAAAGACGAACUCAUCGAUGGGUCCAUCGACGAUAAAAAUGAUCUCAAGAAAUUAAAGAGGCGACAAUACCAACAAAAACGAAGACAAAGUCAAGGAAAGGACGCAUCUAUGGCACCUCAGAAAAAAAGGCCGAGGAAAGUGUCUCGUCUAGAGGAAGACUAUGAUACAUACAUUGACAAUCUUAUAAUACAAUUACGACAACUUCCACCAAUGGCGGUGUUAGAACCUUUACUUGGCAAAAAUUACGGGGUAUGUCCAAUUUUUGGUUCCGGAGAUUUAACGAAAUUCGGAGGGCCACUAGAAUACAAUAGUAGGACUGGAGAACUUAAUGGUACAUACGGCAAUGCUCGCCUUCCUGGAAUUUCCGAUCACUACAAUACACAACCAUUUGGCGAAUCAGAACCCUUACCUCCUCUUCCACCAGUUUCUACUCAAAGAAGCUUCUACGAUCAAGAAUUCCCUCCGCUAAAAUUAGAUGAUGCUGAAGACAAAAAAGAGAAUGCUUUAAUGGGACGUGAUAUUGAUACUCCCGAUACUAUUGUCAGUUCAUCGUCUCCGGAAUGUGUUGUACCCGAGUUUAUGCACCGCUUUCCUGGUCUAAAAUUAAUUGAUGACGAAUCAGAUGAAGAAUCUGAGUGGCUAAAACGAAUAUCUCCCGUAAUACCUAUAAUUUCACCGAUCCCGAUUCGUUUAAAACCUGCUGCUGCAGGACAUCUAAAGGACAUAGCUAAACAUGAUAAAGAAAAUGUGGGAAUUACGAGACUUGAUAAAUCAUCGUCAACUUUUAAAGACAAUGUUACUGUAACAUUAACUCUUAACAGCCAAGCAGCUAAUGACAUAAUGGGAGUUCUCAAAGAUUUGGCAAAUAUUUUAAAUAUUGCUCCGCCGACAGGUUAUCAAAUUAUUGAACGCACGACUACUCCACCAAGUCAAAAGUUAGGAUUAUAUAGAAUUAAAGGAAAGGAUGGAAAAGAAGGAGCACCUAUUGAUAUUCAAAGUAUAUUGAAUGGAGCAGCCAAAUUUUGCCGUCACUGUGAUGUUGUCAUACUUGACAAUUUAAUACGUAGAAAAACAUCUGAUCUACCAUUCUUAAGUAAGGAAGAUGGGGAUGAAAUUUAUUUCUGUUCAGGAACGUGCUGUAUGCAAUUUGCGUUGAUACAUAGAUCACCAAGCAAUACACUUGAUAAAGCUGCGGCGAUUGUUGAUCAUUUGUGUCAAGAAAGUAAACUUAUAGAAGAAAAUUUGAAAAAAUUACAAGACAAGAAAUUUUUAAUGAAACAAUCGCUUGGACAAAUUGAACCAAUGGACAUUGAUUCUAUAGAAUUGGACCUUGAACAGCGAAUUCAAAAUGAAAAAGAUGAUAUUGAGUCACAGCAUAGUAGAGACAGUUUUAUUGAUGAAAAAAGACCAAAAAAGCAUCCGGUCUCAGAUGAGUUAUCAGCGACAGAUUCAGCAGAGCGGCCAUCAAAAGUUUGGAGAGGUCUUCGUUACAAAACCUGGACGACUGGUGCAAUACAUCCAUCCACAAAAUAUAAAAAACAAACGGAUAGGGAAAUAACCGAGAUGCUGUUUCGUACGGCUGUUACUGUUACACUUCCAGUGAACACUGAUGACACUCGUCGAUGUAUGUUUUGUCAAAAUGUAGGAGAUGGCGCCGCUGAUGGCACAGCAAGACUCCUUAAUUUUGAUGUUGAUAAAUGGGUUCAUUUAAACUGUGCACUAUGGUCUGAAGAUGUUUACGAAACGGUCAAUGGAGCGUUGAUGAAUUUGGAAAUUGCUUUACAAUCGGCUAAAAAUACAAACUGCAUUGCCUGUCAAAAACCUGGGGCCACCGUGAAAUGCUUCAAAAUUCGCUGCAAUAGCCAUUAUCAUCUUGGAUGUGCCGUCAGAGAUGGUUGUAUUUUCUACAAAAAUAAGAGUACAUACUGCUCGCAGCAUGUGCCGAAAAAUGAAAAAGACAACGAGUUGACAACACUCUCUGUUUAUCGGCGAGUCUACGUGAAUCGUGAUGAAAACAAGCAAAUAGCCGCCGUAAUGCACCAUUCUGAUCACAACAAUCUGCUAAGAGUGGGCAGUCUAAUAUUCCUGAGCGUCGGACAGUUACUUCCUCAUCAAUUAGCAAACUUUCAUACAAUCAACCACAUCUACCCAGUCGGCUAUAAAAUCGUUCGAUUUUACUGGAGUAUGAGACGACCUAAUAAACGCUGCCGAUACGUCUGCUCGAUUCACGAUGUUUCCGGUCGACCCGAGUUUCGCGUUCUAGUGCAGGAGCCCUCGCAAGAAGAUGUAGAGCUGCGCGAUGCAUCGCCACGUGCCGUAUGGAAUCGCAUACUCGAACCACUUGCUGAGCUCCGUAAAACCAGUAAUAGCGUACAACUGUUUCCCCGCUACGUAACCGGCGAAGACCUCUUUGGUCUUACGGAACCCGCCAUCGUGCGCGUUCUCGAAAGUCUACCCGGUGUUGAAACCCUUACCGAUUAUAAAUUCAAAUACGGCCGAAAUCCCCUCCUCGAGUUGCCGCUAGCCAUCAACCCAAGUGGAUGUGCACGGACGGAACCACGUCUCAGAAACCAACUACCGUGGAAGAGGCCCCAUACUCAACGAACUGCCUCUAGCUCUGCACGUGCCAUCUAUGCUCCCGCCUCCAAUAGCUCGGGCGAACUUGCUUGUCCAUAUUCUAAGCAGUUUGUUCAUUCGAAAAGUUCUCAGUACAAAAAAAUGAAACAAGAUUGGCGCAACAAUGUUUUCCUGGCUAGAUCAAAAAUACAAGGUUUGGGCCUCUACGCCGCCCGAGACUUGGAAAAACAUACAAUGGUUAUAGAAUAUAUAGGAGAAAUCGUCAGGAAUGAGUUGGCUGACAUCAGAGAAAAACAAUAUGAAGCGAAGAAUCGAGGAAUCUACAUGUUUCGUUUGGAUGAAAAUCGUGUGGUUGAUGCGACUCUGUGCGGGGGUCUCGCUCGUUACAUAAAUCACUCCUGCAAUCCAAACUGCGUUGUUGAAAAUGUUGAAGUUGAGCGCAAGCUUAGGCUAAUAAUAUUUGCAAAACGAAGAAUCUUACGUGGUGAAGAGCUGGCAUAUGACUAUAAAUUUGAUAUUGAGGAUGACCAGCACAAGAUAGCAUGCGCGUGUGGAGCGCCUAACUGCCGCAAGUGGAUGAACUAAAGAGUAUGAUCCACCGUUGUUAUUGUUGCUACGUUAUUGGGUAGGUUUUACAUGGAAAAAAAGAAAUAUAUAUAUAUUAUAUAUAUAAAAUAGGCAUUAUUUAAUUUGUAAAGUGCCAUUGCGGUUCAAUUAAACAAUUUUAUAGUGAAGUUGGUGCUACGCCAUCACGACAUUCCUCCAAAGUUGUACAAUAUUAGUUUUACUUUGUAUUAAAACGACAGAUGAAUUAUUUGUAUAUUAUACUAUCAUGAUCUUGGAAGGAAAAAUGAAUUAAAAACACGACUCAAGUUUAUGCGAGAGCUUUUAGUCGUGGAUGUGUAUACUAGAGAAGUUUGUAUCUUUGUAUGUUUAAUGGAGUCAACCGUCUUUGUUGACCUUGUUGUAAUAUAGAAAUUUAUUAAGUAUUAUUGCAUAAACAGCACACUAUAAAUGUACAUAAGUAGAAACAUACAUUAUUUUGAGCUAUCAGAAAAAUUAUGUAAAAUAACAAGUACUCUAAUAUAGCAUUGUACACGAUUAUACGAAAAUAAAUCCGUAUAAAAUUUAAUAAUUA